AGGAAGGAAGGGAGAGUAGCAGAAGGAGGCAGACACCGACACCUAGGCAGUAACGCUGUGAGCGCGAAGGGGGCGACAGGCGGCUCUCAAUGGGGAGGUCUCUGUGAAGCAGCACCCUACCUGUAGGAGCUCAGUGCGGGAGACUGCCGUACCGGAACCACGCUGAUGGUGGAUCUGCGGGAAGCCUACUGCACUUACGAGACAAGAAACGGCCUAAACAUGUGUCCAACACUGUUACUCUGUUUUGUUUUGGUUGUGUACCAGGGGACGCAAACCUGCACCGGAUUUAAUAUAGAUGAUCGGUUUCCUGUGAUCAAAGAGGGAAAGACCAAUGGGAGCUUCUUUGGAUUCUCAGUAGCUCUGCAUCGACAGAAGGGGAGCACCACAAAAUACCUGCUUCUUGCUGGAGCACCCAAAGAGAAAGCCCAAUCUCUACAAAAUGUCAAUGAAACAGGUGCUGUCUACUCCUGUCCCAUUACCACAGACUCCACCGACUGCUCCAGAAUGGACCUGGUCACCACAACAAAUCCUUUAGAGAUGGUGGAGGGCAUGUGGCUGGGGGUGACGGUGGUCAGUCAGAGGGAACAGUCGGCAGGACGCGUGCUGGCAUGUGGGCAUCGGUAUGUGAAGAUCAUCCAGGGCGGCACAGAGGAGCAGCGGCGGAUGAUAGGGAAGUGCUACGUAAGGGGUAAUGAUCUGACCUAUGACCCGAACGAUGACUGGCAGACUUACAGUUAUGAGGUCUGCAACCCCAACUUCGACAUGGAGCUCGAGGGCAUGUGCAACAUGGGCAUCUCAGGUGGCAUGACAGACACUGACGUCUACAUCGGUGCCACAGGCAGCUACCUGUGGCAAGGAAAUGUUCACGUAACAUGGAGAGAUCCAGAUCCAGGGAAUUCUUGGGACUCUAUAGGAAAAAAUUUUGGCCAACUGAAGAGACGAUACAGUUAUAUGGGUUAUUCAGUUCUCGAAGAGAAGAAGCUGCUGAGCCAUGACGACUACACAGUAGUGACAGGGUCUCCCAGGGAGGAGUCAAAGGGCUCUGUGAUGUUUGGUACAAAGACUAACACUGACAUCAAACCGGCGCUCAUUAUCUCUGGGGAACAAGUGGGCUCGUACUUUGGGAGCAGCCUGGCUGUCACCGACCUCGACAACGAUGACUGGAAUGACCUGAUUGUGGGUGCUCCGUUUUACUUUGACCGUAUGAACGAUCAUGGUGGAGCAGUGUAUAUCUUCAUGAAUGAAAAUGGAUCUUUCCAGAAGACCGCCUCCCUAGUACUGAAGGGUCCAUCAACUUCUGGAUUUGGCUUUGCAGUUGCUGCCAUCGGUGAUGUCAACCAAGAUGGAUUCCAAGACUUUGCAGUGGGAGCUCCAUUCCACGACACAGGAAGGGUCUACAUAUGGAUGGGAAGUAAAAAAGGAAUCUCAGUGAAGCCCAGUCAGGUGAUUGAGGGUAAGACCGUAGGUAAUGGUGGAUUCCAGACCUUCGGCUACUCCAUCAAUGGAGGAAUGGACAUGGAUGACAACAGUUAUCCUGACAUUUUAAUUGGUUCUCUGGACGACCGCAUUGCCCUGCUCAGAGCUCGGCCAGUCAUCCACCUAACUAAGGACUUCACUGUCGAGCCUAAGAUUGUGGACCCUAAUAAGUGUGAUAAAAAUAAACCAUGCAUUACAGCGACUCUGUGUAUGUCUUUCACUCUGAGCAACGGAAACAAGAACUUCAAGAAAAAUAUCACGGUGAUGUAUACAGUGGAGGCCGACAUAGAGAGAAGAAGAAGCCCUCGUGUUUUUUUCCAGGACAAUAGUGACACCUUUACUGGCUUCCUGAGCCUGCCGUCUUCAAACACCCAGUGUCGUGUUCUAUACCUGGCUGCAGUGGCGAGUGUGAAGGACAAACUGGAGCCGGUGGUCUUUUCCGUCAACAUGUCCCUAAAUGAACAAAAACCUAAAUCCAGACGCUCCCUGCAGAACCUGGACUUCUUCCCAGUUCUGAGCCAGGAGCAGAAACUCUUUCAGAGAACUGAGAUUAACUUUCAGAAGGAGUGUGGCACAGACAACAAAUGUACCAGUAACCUGCAGCUGUCAGCCCAGUUUGUUGACAAUGAAGAAAAACCUUACCCCAGGCAGGGAAAUCUCCAGGUCCUUCAGUUCAACAGCAAUAUAAAGAUAAUAACGCUGAUGGUGGAGGUGACUAACUUUCCUUCCCCGGGGAAGUUGGCUGAGGACGCCCAUCAGGCCACGCUCGAUGUCACCAUCCCAGACACACUGACAUACUCUGGUGUCAGGGCAAAGGACCCUGAUGUAGAAUGCACAUUUGACUCCUCAUUGAUUUGUGAGCUGGGGAAUCCACUGAAAGGCAAUGAAAAGAUGUCACUUGCCCUCAAGUUUGAGACAUCGGGGAUUAAUCUGAACACAGAAAAGGUUGAGGUCCAGCUAAAUCUGUCCACUCUUAGUGAACAGAGUGACCUGAAGCCUGUGCCUGUGGACCUGCUGAUUGAAAACACCAUCCUCCCCUCCUUCUCCUUAGCGAAAUCCCUGGUGCGAACAAAAUUCGGUGGGACAGUGAUGGGCGAGUCAGCCAUGGUAAACACCAGUGACGUGGGCAGUCUGGUGGAGUUUACCUUUGAUGUGGAUAUGAGGGGACAGCCCCUGGGUGACUUGGGGACCCUGGCUGUGGAGUUUGACUGGCCCUUGGAGGUAGCCAACGGCAAGUGGCUGCUGUACCUGACAAAGAUUGCCAUUGAUACAGGGGAAUCAGAGGUGGAUUGUAACCCUCCUGAAAGAGUGGUCAACAUGCUUAACCUAACUUUGUCAGGGAGCAGACCUAAGCGUACUAAACGGCAGAUCGUGGUGGAUGAUGUGCCUGAUUCGGCCCAGCCGCAGAUCAUUGAGCCACAGGCAGCCAUCACACUGGUCACUCAUCGAAAAGAGAGCUACCUGUUGGAAUGCUCCAAGGGGACAGCGAAAUGCGUGACGUUUAGCUGCCCACUGAUCAACAUGACGAAUUCAGCUAAGAUUUAUGUCCGGUCCCGAUUGUGGAACAGUACAAUGCUAGAGGACUAUUCCAACGCUCUAAGAGUUACGGUCAAAGGUCAAGCCACACUGAAGCUUAUUACGGAUAAACGAACCAUAAAGAUGGACAGUCAGACCACCAUGUUCAUAGUAGAAGUAGAACCAGAGGAGGGAGUGGAGACACCCUAUGAGCUCCCGCUGUGGAUCAUCAUCUCAGCAGCAGUAGCAGGAAUCCUACUACUAGGAAUCAUUAUUCUUAUACUCUGGAAGUGUGGCUUCUUCCAGAGAGCCAGCAGGAGGGAGAUGUAUGAGGCCAAGGCCCAGAAGGCUGAGAUGAAGAUCCAGCCCUCUGAGACAGAGAGGCUGACUGAGGACUACUGAGGCCCCUAUGGGUCUCCAAACAGCACACACCAGUGGGGCUUUUGGCUUGGAUUCUUUAAGCGAGCAGUCUACUACCGGAUAAUGCCAAAGCACCAGGGGGUGAAAAUUCGCAAGGCUGAGCGCUAUCAGUUCAAUCUGGGAUUUCAGCCCGAGGAGCCACAGAAAAAGUAUUGGAUCACCAACUGGACAGAGAUGCAGCAUUACUACUACUGAGGCCUUUACUUUGAACCCUGAACCACUCACUGUCACACGGUCCAAACAAAGAGCACUGGGCUUAGUUGAGCCACAUGGACUUUGCAGUGCAUGGACCAGCUGUGGAUAAAGCAUUCAAUCUGAAACUUUUUUUUUUCUUUAAUAGAUUUCAUCAACUCUUUCAGUGCAAUAUACUGAACAUUUUUGUUUCAGAGAUUGUAAUGUGUUAAGUAUUUUUGAAGAAUGCAGUGUUGUACAUUGGAAUUGGGGUUGCAGUCAAGGGUAAUUUUAAAAUCAGUUUUGAUUACGUUGCAGGUCUUUAUGUACUGAACUCGAUGUUUAUAUGUAUACUUUCGAUUCUUCACAUUUUUGUUCUUUCUCUGAGCAAAGUCACUGGUCAUUCAUCAUGUUUAUUUCCACCGUAUCUGUUUUUCUCUCUAAUCGGAGGAAUGAGUCCAUUGCUUUCCUCUGUGAUUGUAUGCGCCCUUCCUGCUCUGUCGCCAGGCAUCACUUUGUGGUCAGUGGUUGUAGGCUACGUAAAGGUUUAAAACCUACAUUAGUCACUUUGGAGAUCAUUUUCCAGCUGCACUUAAAAUACGUUGACCAGCAUCCAC